CCACGGCCGCAUGCCUCCCUUGUCCUACAAGGGCAGGGACAGGCCAUAGGCCAAGGGCACAGGGUCAAGCCUGCUUGGACUGCUGGAGCCUUGAGCGUGGCUUUAGCUUAUGGGUCUUAACACUUGAAGUGGGCACAGGGCAUCAGCAGGAUGGAUUUCGGGUCCUUGGAGACCGUGGUGGCCAACUCUGCCUUCAUUGCUGCCCGAGGCAGCUUUGACGGAAGCAGCACACCAUCUUCCCGGGACAAGAAGUAUCUGGCCAAGCUCCGCUUGCCCCCACUGUCCAAGUGCGAGGGUCUCCGUGACAACCUCAGCCUGGAGUUUGAGAACCUGUGCUCAGAGCAGCCCAUUGGCAAGAGGCUCUUCCAACAGUUCCUAAAGACAGACGAAAGGCAUGCUCCAGCUCUGGAGCUCUGGAAGGACAUUGAGGACUACGACACUGCCGACGACGACCUGCGGCCACAGAAGGCGCAGGCCAUCCUGGCUGAGUACCUGGACCCACAGGGCACACUCUUCUGCAACUUUCUGGACCAGGGCAUGGUGGCAAAAGUGAAGGAAGGGCCAACCGGGAGCCAGGAUGGCCUCUUCCAGCCUCUGCUCCAGGCCACAAUGGAGCACUUGAGCCAGGCGCCCUUCCAGGAGUACCUGGAAAGCCUGUAUUUCCUGCGGUUUCUUCAGUGGAAGUGGUUGGAAGCCCAGCCCAUAGGUGAAGACUGGUUCUUGGACUUCAGGGUCCUGGGGAAGGGGGGCUUCGGGGAAGUGUCUGCCUGUCAAAUGAAGGCUACAGGCAAGAUGUAUGCUUGCAAGAAACUCAACAAGAAACGGCUGAAGAAGAGGAAGGGGUACCAGGGCGCCAUGGUUGAGAAGAGGAUUCUGGCCAAGGUGCACAGCAGGUUCAUUGUGUCUCUGGCCUAUGCAUUCGAGACCAAGACGGACCUCUGUCUGGUGAUGACCAUCAUGAAUGGAGGUGACGUAAGGUACCACAUCUACAAUGUGGAUGAGGAGAACCCUGGCUUCCCGGAGCCACGGGCCAUCUACUACACAGCACAGAUCAUCAGUGGCCUGGAGCACCUGCAUCAGAGACGCAUUGUCUACCGUGACCUCAAGCCGGAGAACGUACUGCUGGACAAUGACGGCAAUAUCCGAAUUUCUGACCUCGGACUGGCGGUGGAGCUGAAGGAAGGGCAGGAUAAGACCAAGGGCUACGCAGGGACUCCAGGUUUCAUGGCCCCUGAGCUCCUGCGCGGUGAAGAGUACGACUUCUCUGUGGAUUACUUUGCCCUGGGGGUCACAUUGUACGAGAUGAUCGCAGCCAGAGGCCCCUUCCGAGCCCGAGGAGAGAAGGUGGAGAACAAGGAACUUAAGCAGCGCAUCAUCUCAGAGCCUGUGAAGUACCCAGACAAGUUCAGCCAGGCCAGCAAGGACUUCUGUGAGCAGCUGCUGGAGAAGGACCCAGAGAAGCGCCUGGGCUUCCGGGAUGGGACCUGUGAUGCGCUGCGGGCAAACAUCCUCUUCAAAGAUAUCAGCUGGAGGCAGCUCGAAGCUGGGAUGCUCAUCCCUCCGUUCAUCCCAGACUCUAGGACUGUCUACGCCAAGAACAUUCAGGACGUGGGUGCCUUUUCCACAGUCAAGGGUGUGGUUUUUGACAAAGCGGACACAGAGUUCUUCCAAGAAUUCGCCUCUGGCAACUGCUCCAUCCCCUGGCAGGAGGAGAUGAUUGAGACCGGGAUCUUUGGGGAUCUAAACGUGUGGCGCGCGGACGGCCAGAUGCCGGAUGACAUGAAGGGAAUCACUGUGGAGGAGGCAGCCCCGACAGCCAAGUCAGGAAUGUGUCUCAUCUCCUAGCCAAGUGUUGGAGCAAAGCAUGGAGCUGGUUGUGUAAAGAGAGGAAAGUGUACAGAGCUCAGGGGAAGAGAGUGACCCCGGUGUCAGCCUGUGCCCGCUCCACCUAGGUCACCAUGCAACUGUGUCUCCAUGUGGAGCAACGAGACUUUCAGUCUAGACCCUACAGACGCGACAGUCUAUUUCUUUUGUUCUAUUUCAUUUAAAAGAGACGAAAAUGGCCACAGAUUGAAUAAUGAGGUGUAAAUGCUCAAAGAACCUCUGUGUAUAGAUGUGUGGCCAGGCCAGGAGCUUGACAACCAGAGGCUCACAAUCAACAUGGGUUUUCUGGUACUUGGAAUUAAUAUUUCAGUGCAGACCUGUUUGCUCCUGGUCAACUCAAGGUUGCAGGCACUUGUGUACCCCAAAGGGGGCUGUACUUAGGGUAACCACACAACCCCUCCUUGCCUGGUUCCUGCCUCCUAAGCUGCCUUUACUGGUCACCGCCUGCUCUCUCGGACCCUAACUUGGGGAUAUGAGUCUUUAGGGAGUAGAAAGAAUGGACGGGCCCGGUGUUAGCUGAGAGACACUGCUUCCUCUCAAGAAGCAGAGACAGCUACCUCUGGCAGCUACGGUCUCUGUCAUCAGUCGACACUACGUGUGGUGUAUAUCCAAAUUGUCACAGUCACAUCACAUGUGGUGGGGGCCCAAGUCCUUACACGCUAAUGCCAUGUGUGAUGGAUGCCUGAGAAAGUCAUGCCAUGUGUGGUUGUUGCCCGAGCCCUUACACAGCCAUGGCACCUCAGGGUGUCUGUGUUCUCAGGCCACCUUUGUGCCCCCAGCCUCCCCCCUUUUUAGGAGGGAAGGUGACCUACAUAUACCCAAAUUUUUGAAAGAUUGCUGGAUGAAGCCAACACUGGAACACAGCACUGGACCAGUAUCCCCAGACUGUACGGGAUACAAGUGUCUAGAAUAUAUUGUCAAUAAACCCCAGGCCGGCUGUGUUGUGGAAGGUUCUAGAUGUUGCUAUAGAGAUGCCUUGCACUUGUGGAUAUCCUGGGGACUAAUGCUGGACGCUAAAGAAGUCCACACCAGAUUCCCGCUCUUCCCAGAGAAUCAGACACUGCAAUUUGGGGUGCUCUGGAAGGGCCUAGGGGAGGUGACCAUACCUCCUGGAUCGUGGUCUGGGAUCUUUGGGUCCCAGUAGUCCUGUGGCUGAUUAGUGCUGAGUGCUGUCGAUAAGACAAAUCAUUCAUCAUCCAUCUCUCCUUCACUCCGUCCUCUAGUUCAGGGCAUCACACAUGUAUCAAAUACUCGGACGUAUAUUUCAUUUCACUGUGUUCUGGAGCACAUUUUAAUGUGCUCUGGGUUGAAGACCCUGGCAGAUUGUCGGUCUCAUCCUGGGAGUCACUGGGGUCGGGGAGUGUGAAAAGGUCAGUCUCAGCAGCUGAGCCGGUUUCAGGGAGGCCUGGUCCUUGUUAUACACUAGUCCCUGUUUGGCUGGCCUAGAACUCCUGGAGUUGAUGGUGGAGCCUGUGUGGCUACAUAGGCUGGGAGUCAGGUCCCCCCACCCUGCACUGUAGCUAAAAGAGCAAGACAGUCCAGUUUAAAUGUCAGACAAGUAGUGAAUGCUUUGCCAGUGUAAUGACUCAGCAGUAUUUGGGGCAGGCUUACACUGAAACUGUUCAUUGUUUGUUGGAAAUUCAGAUUUCACCCGAUGAUCUAUAGGUCUUCUUAAAAUCUAAAUCUAGCCGGCCUACUGCAGACUCACCAACAGGCAGGGAUGAAACUGUCAGGAGCAAUGCUACUUUGCUUCAGGGUCAGGAGAGUUCUUUUCUCACUCUGGCCCACUCAGGAACAUAAGCUCAAGUGUAACUCAGAGACUCACCCUGAGACCUCCAGCUGCCCUGUGCAGCCGUACGUGCAGGACACUGCAGGCUUCAUCAGACGUGAUGCCGAGUGGAGCAGGGUGAGGUGCUUGCUCUGUGUUGUUGUGUCAGUCAACUCUGUGUCCUAGCACUUCCUUGGAUUGUUUUCGAGACUUCGCUGUACGUGUUCUCUCAGGGACAGUAACCCUUCGGCCUGAAGAGAUGUCCCCAUCCCCACUGUCCUUCCUCACAUGUAGAACUUAUAGACUCCCAGGUCCAAGAGCUCAAGUCUUGCCUGGACCCUGACCCCAUGGAGCUUCAACAUACCUGCUUUGAUUCAACGGCCACAUUGGUUCUAAUCUCCCAGGAAGACAGAGCAGAGGACCAUCGCCAGUCAUAGGACGUCAUGGAUGCUGCUGUACAGGUCUGUGCUAGGCCUUCUGCACGAAAGGACCUCCUGAACAUGAGACGCCAUCCCUAGGACGGGAAGGCAACUUGGGAGCCCUGUGAGAUGUAGGUUGUCUUGUACCCUGGUCACCGGUGAGCUGUAAAUGGCUUCACUUACGAUCAGAGAUAUAUAACUGAGGUAAGCUUCAAUUCUAAUGACUCUAAUAAUCCUUCGUCCUCAGGAGGGACCUGCCAGAGGAGGCACCUCAGACUAGACAGAAGUGACUCUGGGAGUUGAAGAUUAUCUAAUGAAAGGCUAGAACAUGCUAUGGGCAGUUGGGCGUGUCAGCUUCUGUGGUAUAUUGGUCAAACUGGAUUUGGACUUUAUUCCUAUAAUCAAGGGUGAUGAAAUUCUUCAGCACACCCUGAAGCUCUUCCAAAUUCCAAAACCAUAUCACAAAUGGUCUGGGAGACUAAGUCCCUGGCUAUGGUUUGAGGAAGGUUUAGUGCAGGCCCCAACGUCUGUGUUUUGGAAGUUGUACCUCCAGUGAGGUAGUGUGGGGUAGUAGUGGGACCUUUAAGAGGCAGAGCCUAGGAGAAGAGCCUUGGUCUCGGGGAAGUGCUUCAGAAAGGCUUACCUAUUUCUGUGGGGUUGUGUCUGGUCUGAAAGAGAGUAGGUUUCUCUACAGGCCUGAGUCUGACCUCCGAGCCCUUUGCCUCCCUGUCUGUCCACCUUCUCUUACACAGCGGUGUGAGCUCUCGGCUGAGUCUGUGAUGCUGAGGCCUAGAGGCAAACAAAUGGGCCUACUUAUCUUGGCUACCCAGCCUCCAAACUGUGGGGUCAAUAAACCUCCUCACAGAUUACCCUGCUGUGCUAUUUUGUUUUAGUAAUGGAAAGUGACUGUCAACUUUAGAAUUUUAAAUCAGUUCAAAGUAGACUUCUGUUUCCAGACAAGAUGGUGUGUGCAUGUAUUGUGGUGGUUGAAUAGGAAUGGCCCCCAUAGGCUCAUAUAUUUGAAUGGUCAUUAGGGAGGGGAGUUUCUUGAUGAGGAUUAGGAGGUGUGGUCCUAUUAGAGGAGGUGUGGCCUUUAGAGGAGGUGUGGCCUUGUUGGAGGAAGUGUAUCAUUGGGCAUGGUUUUUGGGGUUUCAAAUACUCAAGAUAGGCCCAAAGGCGCGCUCUCUUUCUCUCUCUCUCUCUCUCUCUCUCUCUCUCUCUCUCUCUCUCUCUCUCUCUCUCUCUCUCUCUCUCUCCUGCCCGUGGAUCCAGAUGUAGGACUCUGAACUGUUUCUCCAGAUCCACGCCUGCCGGCAUGCUGUCAUGUUUCCUGCCAUGAUGGUAGCGGACUAGACCUCCGUAACUACAAGCAAGCUCCAAGAAAAUGUCUUCUUUGAUAAGAGUUGUCAUGGUCUUGGUGGCUCCUCACAGCAGUGGAACACUCACUAAGACAGAAAGAAGUUGGUGCCAGGGAGCAGGGUAUUGCUGUGAUAGACCUCACCUUGCUGCUUGUUGGCAGAAUGUGAAGUUUGGAUUAGAAAAGCAGUUGAACGCUUUUGGGGUUUAAUGGGCCAUACUCACAGAAACAUGGAAGACAGUGGUGCUGAGGGCAAUGUAGAUUCUGAUUUUCAGGUUAAGAGCUUUCAGAGGAGAAGAAUAUCCGUAAGUGGCCUAGAGACUGCUCUAGUGAUGUUUUGGCAAAGAACGUGGCUGCUUUUUGCCCUUGUCUGAAAAGUCUGCCUGAGGCUAAAUAUAAGACUUUUGGAUUAAUGGUGUUGGCACAGGAGAUUUUAAAACAGCCUAGUAUUGACUGUGUUGCCAGUCAGUCUUAUGCAGAUCUUUAAUGAAGAGGAGCAAGGUAAGCAAGGAAAAAUUAAAAAUGUACAGUUGGAGGAGAAAAGGGGGCACUAGAAAGUAUAAUGGAAUUAUAUGGAAUAAAGGGAGGGGUGACCUCAGGGCAAGAUCCCACCCAGCUCGGCUUCCAACUUGUAAAAAGAAAUUAAAGAAAAUUUUAGGUAGCGGAAGGAAAUGGUUAACAACAGAGAGCUGGUGCAGAUGUAAGUGAACGAGGGGCCAUGUUCCAGCCCCAGCAAGCAGCAUGACUUGGCGGCUUCGGCCACAUGGUUUGGGUUUAGAUUCAAGGAUACAAGAAAGCAAUUAUGAAUCCUUCCCCAGGAUUAAGGAAAGCUGCAGAGGCCAGGCAUGUGCCAAGGGUGUGUCUGAAUGGAGACCCAGAGAGGCCACUGCUUGAGGCCAUGAAGGUGAAGCCUGGAUUGCCUUGGAGACCCCAAGAGCUUGGGGACGCCAAAGCCAUGGGACACCUGCAGAGGAAAGCUGCGAACAGGGCAUGGAACCAGCCCAAGAGAGAGAAGUGUGUGCCGUCAACAAAGAUGAAAGGAGUUGGAGGUCCGAAGAGCCUUUUGACAUCAGCCAUGGAGAUGCAGAGUUUGGAGUUUGUCCAGCUGUCUUUCUGUCUUGCUUUGGUCCAGUAUUUCCACACCGUAUGCCCUUUCCUCCCUUUUGCAAUGGUCAUGUAUAUUUUGUGCCAUUGUAUGUUGCAAGUAUGUGAUCUGCUCUUUGAGCUUGAUUUUUACAGGAGAUUACCGUGAAGGGAUUGCCAUGAGUCUCAGAAGAUACUUUGAACUUUGGACUUUUAAACAGUGUUGAAACUGUGGUAGACGGACAGUAGGGACUUUGGAAGUUGGACCGACUAAAUGCAUUUUUGCACUAUAUCUACAGACCUGUGGGGGUCAGGGAGUGGAAUGCGGCUGUUUGAACAGGAAGACCCUCAUAGGCGCAAAUAUUUGAAUGUUUGGUUAUUAGGGAGUAGCUACUUGAGAGAGAUUAGGAGGUAUGGCCUCGUUGGAGUGGGUGUGGCCUUGUUGGAGUGGGUGUGGCCUUGUUGGAGGAAGUGUGUCACUGGGGGUGGGCUUUGGGGGUUUCAAAUGCUCAAGCCAGUGUCUCUCUCUUCCUGCUGCCCGUGUAUCUGAAUGUAGAACUCUGAGCUACCUCUCCAGCACCAUGUCUACCUGCAUGCCGCCAUGCUUCCUGCCAUGACGAUAGUGGACUAAACUCUCAACUGUAAGCCAGCCCCAAUUAAAUG